AUGAUGCGUUUCUCUCUUCUUCUUGGUUUUCUCUUGGUUGUCAGCACUCGGUGUUGGGAAACCGAACAGCUUGUCAACUCAGUGAUAGCAGCAUGCCCGCCAUCAAACUUCAUAUGUCCACGAGAAGAAUUCGGUCAUUUCGAUGGCCCGAAGUGGGUUUGGGAUAAAGAUUCUAUAGCAAACUCCCCGGAAGCCAUCUAUUUCUUACGCCUUCGUUCCUGGAACCUGAUCACGCUAGAAGAAAUGAAACUCGCUUACUGUUGUCGCGGUGGAAAAUGCCUCCUCCGGUGCGGAAUCAUGCCACGCGUCGAGAUCAACAUGAUCAAAUCGUUCCCAGAAGACAUCAUGGAGGUUUUUGAGCUCGGAAUCGAAGAAAUCGAUAAGCACCGCGAGUUUGUGGAGGAGUACAUCCGCGAGACUGAGAAAAACGGAGCACCAAAACAUGUACCAGCCGAGCUUGAGGACUUUUUCGACGCUAUCCACAAGUGGCAGCACACCAUCCGUCGGGCCAUGAUCGAACGACAACGCACCCGAGCCCUUGAGGCCAUAUAA